AUGGCUGAGCAGCUGCCGCAUGGGGGGGAGGAGUCCCUGGUGAGCGCGUUGAGCGGCGGCGGCGAGGUAGUCCCCUCUGGCAUCACUCCAGGAAUCACUCCUGGCACCACUCCUGGAAUCGCUCCUGGCACCACUCUUAGCACCACUUCCAACAUCCCAGUGGAAGUCCCAUAUGGCACCACGUCCAACAUCCCCGUGGAUGGCGCGGACGGCCAGAGCGCCCCCGCGCCGGCCACCCCCUCAGUGGACGAAGAGGAUAAGUACGAAUUCUUGAGCUACUCAAAUUACUUUUUCCUAGAGGAACAAAAUUAUGUAAACACGUAUUGCCAAGUGAAGGACGUUUUGAAAAACACCAACCCGACGUUAGGGAGCUUUUUUAAAUACAUCUCUCUCUUGUCUCAUGUGAUUUACUUUGACCAAGUGGAAGAAAAAAAAUUGCUAACGUCGAGUGAGGUGCAGAAUAUUAAUCACAUUUUGUUGAAGAAUGAGCAGAGCAACAUCAGUAGCUGCACAGUUGCUUACAGCUGCAUCGUCCUCCUCCUGGACGUCAUCAAGUUGAGUCCUCACUCGGGCAUAAAAAGUUAUGUCUACUGCCAGCUAGCCAAAAAUGCAAAGAAAAUUGAGGACUUAUUUUUUGCCAUUUAUUCUUUCCAAAAGGGGAAACACCGGGAUCAUUCCUACGUCGUUCGAAAGAAUGAAGCCGUCUUCAUAAGCGACUUUGUAACCCUAAAUGUUAUUAACCUGCUCAAUGGGGAAGACAAGCUAACCAGGAGUUACGGCCUCAAACUGUGUCUCCUCUUCUGCCAACACUUGAGUGUGUGUAAUCAUCUUGUGCAUAUGGUGUUGAAGGUAAUUUUUAAAAAAAUCGAUUUCGAUGAAUUCGCUUUGGCCCUGCUCGUCCUCACACGGUGGACUCCUUUUCUCUCGCACGAUGUUCUCUACCACGUGGUGAGAGGCCUCUACCGGAGUGUGGUGGGGCCGUCCGGCAGGGGUAAGCACCUCCAGCGGAACGCCGGGGGGUCCCCCCCUAACGGAUGCCCCGAAGGGGAGGUGAACCAGGCCAGCAAGCAAAGUCACACAGAAAGCGAUACACAAAAUGACACACAAAGUGACGCACAAAGGGGAGAGCAACCCCACACAGGUGGAGAGCCACCUGCUGGAGAAGGCAAAAAGGGACCCAUCCUGGACGACCCCUUCACCUUCACCAUAAGUAUGUACCUCUCAAAAAUAGCCAACAGAAUGAACGGCAUGGUGCCCUACGUGAGUUAUUUUCUUUUUAGAAAGUUGUGGAAAAUGAUUAACAAGCUGUUCGACGAAGAGGAACCUCUCUGCUCCAGUGAAGGGGUAGCCCUAUUUAUUCUCCGCGCGUACUUUCACAGUACAACUGUAUUGAGCCAUCAAAAUGGGUUCCUCACAAAUCUGCAAAUUGUUUUAAUUAAAUUUCUGUUGAUGGCACCCCAAACGAGAUUGAUGAAGAGGAGACAGCUGACCUAUUUCGCUCUCAAAAGUUUGCUAUUUUUGAUAAAAAAAAAAAGCAUUCAUGUGUUCCCUUUUGUGGAAGAAAUGUCCGGGAGAAGAAACGCUUUCGAUCAACGGGUGAACAGCUUCCACUUUGCCUAUUUCUCCUUCGUGUCCGCCGUCCGAGAGUGCGAAUUGGUGGGCUGGCUAAACCGUCUGCCGCUCUGCCGCGGCGACAGCCCGGCGCUGCUCAUGUUUGUGAAAAUUGUGUACCGCUUUUUUAAGGCAGCCAGUGGGGGAAAUUACCCGACAUGUUCAGGUAAAAAGGGGGAAAAUUACCUGACCCGUUCAGUAAAAGGGGAGAAUUACCUGACCCGUUCAGGUAAAAAGGGGGACAAUUGUCUUCCCCGUUCAGGCAAAAAGGAGCAUAAUUGUCUUCCCCGUUCAGGCAAAAAAGGGGGACCCAUUUCGCCACGCCUUGCUAAUUACUGCAAGGAGGAAAACGCAGAUGAAGUCAGCGCAGGAGAAGUCAUCCCAUCGGGCAGCCAUCCCAACCGCCGCCAAAUGGACUUCCUACCCACUUUGAGUCGAGCGCACCGCGACCCGUUUAUUCACAACUUUGUGUGCACCAUGAGGGAGAGCCUCCCCAUCGAGGUGUUCCACCCGGACAGCUACCCCAAAGGGGAGCAAAAGUUUACACCCGAUUGUACAGUGAAGGAAGAGGAACACCUGCCGAUAGGAAGCGGAGGGGACCAGCUAGCCAAUCCGCCCGAUAAGGAAAAUUCUGACCAACGCGAGGAAAAAAAAAUAUCCAGCGGUGAAAAUGGCAGCGCGGGGGGAGAAGAGAGGGGGCAAUUCUGCUUCACCAUAACGUUGAGCGAUAGCGGGGGGAGCGACGAUGGCGAAGCUGGCGAUGGUGGCCAUUGCGGCGUGCGUGGCGGAGGCGACGGCGCGGGAGAACGCUUCGCACAGGAGAGCCCGUCCAACUUGGCGAAGUCCGACCGGCGUAGUCGACAGCGAAGGGUGGACCUCUUUUUUGAGAGGUUCAUUCAGCUGGCGAAGGAGAGCGAAGAAGCCAGCGACAUCAACGUGAAGAAUCUGGACAUAACGCUGAAGAUAAGGGGAAGGGGGGGGCAGCAGGGAAAGCAGUGGGAGCGGCAGGAAAAGCAGCAGAAACAGCAGCAGGAGGAACCGCUAACGGAGGAGGACCCCAAGGCGGAACGAGAGACCCACCCCGCCAACGAGCGCGCUGACCAAGCGGAGGCAGAACCAGUGAAGGGGCACCACCCCAGAAGGGAAAGUAACGUUCCGCCAAAGAGGGAAGACGGGACGUUGCUCAACAGUAAGCAGCACCACCCCUACAGUGAAGACCCAUCGAAGGAGGACUCAGGAAAAAGCUCCCUGAGCGAUGCCAUUAGCGAAAUAAGUAACGACCAAAACGGUUCACCCAAGCAGAGCACCAAAAGGGAUUCCUUUUACACACAGGUCAGAACAGACAAACGGGGAAAGCUUCGAAAAGAAAUGGUCCUCCUGUACUCUCUCAAGUGGUUGAAGAAAAAUAAAAUAAAACACCACAGCUUUGUGCAGGAGGAUAAUAUAAAGAACUUCAUCUCGGAAGAGUCCUUUUUUCCCCAGUUUAAGAGGGCAUUUUUAAAAAAAAAAAAAAAAAAAUAUAGCCGCCUUGGGGACCGCAGAGGAGUUAACAAGACAUAUAAUUUUGGCGAAAUUCACCACGAAGGUGAGGGACUACCAUCUGGAGAAGGCACCCCAGAGGAUUCGAUUCUACACAGAGUGAUGUUUAUAAGGUUGUUGUUCUUCCUGUAUAGACACACCACUGACAGUGUAGCGACCAAACUGUGCAUUUUAAAAACGCUGACUGUUCUUGGCAAGUAUAUCGUUUGCGAUGAGGACGUGAGGGACUUUGUUAAUUUGUUUAAUUUUUUCUUCCAGUUUUUUGUUCACAAUAAAGGGGAUUCCAAUGUGGAAGCGGAUGCCAUCGGUGAGGUCUAUCGCAUGAGCAAGAAUGGCUACGGCAUGGGUAGAGGUGCCCACAUGGGGGGCAGAUCCAAUUUUCCCAACAGGAGGGGAAGUAAAUACUCACAUAGUGGGACUCACCUGAGCUAUGAUGAUGAGAUAUACACCUGCAGGGGGAUGGGGGGGCCCACUACACCAUCCGACUUGGAAGCCCAGGACGAGACAAAUUUCGACCUCUUCUUAAACGAUCAGCUGCAGCGCAGGUUGAACGAGCGAGCUGGGGAAAGCAACAAUAGCUGCGUUUCCUACCAGCAAAGCGGCGCCUUCAAAAGUGCCAUGCAGACGUGCCUGCUCAGUGUAGCCGCCAACUUGGGGAACUCCGCAAAUGGGCACCUCCUGAAUUGCCUUUUCCAGUCAUUUUGCAGCAACGAGUUUGUUCCCUUCUUUCACCUCCUCUUUACUCUCCGUGCGGAAAAAAUUAUGCACAUUUUGCGGGACCCCUUUUUUUAUUUGCUGAUAGAUGGUCAGGCGACCGAAGAGGAUUCCCCCCGCGGGAAAGCAAGCGGCGAGUAUGGCAUGUCGUCCAACCGCUCCACAGAAGAGGCGAGAAGAACAGCAAAAAGGACUUCCCUCGGCACAGGCGUAAGCCUUGUUAGGGGUAACAGCCGCGCUAAGGGCAACAGUCGCGUUUACUUUCUUAAGCGGAGUAAAUUCUUUCAAACCUUCAACAUUUGCCAGCGCGAGGAUGACCACCCAGCUAGCUACCACAACGUGAGACACCUCUUUCAUCUGGCCCUCGUCAGUUACGGGAAGGGCGAAGAAGUGUCGACGGCCCUGCGAAGGAAGGUCUACGUCUUUCUCAGCAUCUUAAAUCAUAUUUUUUCGUUUAAGGAGAGAGCCACACCAUUUUGGCAUGCCGUCCGGGGGACUCGCCAAAAGGGAAAAAAAAAAAAAAAAAAAAAAAUAUGCACAGGUCAGGCAAAUUUCGCGGGUGAUGGUAGCCAAGUAUUGGGGAAGGAAAACCAAGGGGGCGGGGCGCCUCCCAGGAGGGGCAGCAUUGGCAGCAUUGGCAGCGCUGGAAGUGUUAGAAGCGUUGGAAGCGGUGCUAGCAAUGGCAGCUAUGGCAGCAAUAGCCACGAUAGCUACGACAGCAGCGAUUGCAGCGGGAGUGGGGACACCCCCCCAUCCACGCUCGCCGCGUCAGACGGCCAACCCAGCUCGGCGGAGCGGGACCACCCGUCCGACUGCAGCUCCAUUUCGUCCUUGUCGAACAAGUCCCUGCGGAGGAAAGUGCAAAACGUGUACAGAAAGUUACAACACCAAGAAAGAGUACCAUCGGAAGAAAAUGUCCAAGUAGCCAAUUUAAAAAAAAAUGAAAGUUCGCUUUUUUACCUGUACAGGUCAGGCAAAUAUUGCAUGUGUGCAGGAUUUUACAAACAUGGCUACGCUAUCUUUGGAAAGUUGCUUGUCCUGGCAAACAGUGGAGAUGUAAAGCUGUGGUUCAGAGCCUUAAUGAAUUAUUGCAAAUUUUUCUAUCGAAAGAGGAACAAGUCGUAUGGGGAUUGGAAAUCUUUUUUAAGUCCCACAAAAUUUUUGCUAAUUUCUGAGCAGUGCAUAAAGGAGGUACGCACCUUCCAGCAAAACUUUUUUCUUUAUGGCUUUUUUGUGAAGGUACAAAUGGGUAUCUACCGAGCUGUGGAAGAUCUGCUAACUCUGGUGAGUGACAUUCGGGAUGAAAUAAAUUUCACGCUCGCUUAUUUUGUGUGCAACGUAGAAAGGAUUAUCUCUUCGCUGGUGGAGACCACUCUGGGGAUCCUAACCCUUGCCGGCAUCCGGCAUUUGUUCGCGGGGCUGUCCAAAAGGGUCCUGUUUCUUUAUUUCGCCUUGCUCAAGUCCACGUUCGUGCUGUGCCUUUUCUUGCGGCACAAGGUGAUCCCCUUUUUGUUCCUCAGCCCGUCCUGCGUGCUGAGGGCGCCCCCCCUGGAGAGCGCAAGUAGCGUUGGCAGUGGCAGUGCGGGGAGCGACGAAGGGAGCGCCGAAGGGAGCAGCGGAGGGAGCGGCGGAGGGAGCGGCGGAGGAAACAGCGAGUGGAGCUGCCAACGGAGCGGCGGAGGGAGAGACGAACGCCAAGCUUUGGUCAACAUAGGGAGCUGCACUCUACGCGACCUGGUCCGCUUUUACCUAAACAAGAGGAAGAUAAAACGGAUGCGAAAGAACAUCUUCGCGAAAGAGGUAGCAGACACCCAGGGGAAGAACUUCCCAGACGUCUUCGACCACGUAAUGGCCCUAUGGCAAGUGGCAGCUUCGAAGUUUUUUUUUUAUGAACAUGUUCAGAAGAUAAAGGAGCUUUAUCGUCAGUUCUUUAGAGACGGCAUGGUGAAUAAGAAAAAAGUGCUGGCCUUCAUGAAGGUGUAUUUGGAGGUUGUCUACCGGAUGGACUUGCCAGCUCCCCCCCGCGUGUUUUCCUCGGUGGCAGUCCCCUAUGUCGCCAGCUCGACCUACGUGUACCGAUCGACCAAAGGAAGAGCACCCUGUGAAAUGGAGUCCCUCAAGUGCGUGGGCCGGCUGGUCUCCCCCAAGGUAACAUAUAUAAGGGGCCAUAAGGAGGAAAGAAAGGACCCCUUUUUCGUGGUCACGUGCGUCACCAUAUGUGCCUAUGAUGCUUCACGUCAUCCCUCCCUUUUUCUCCUCUACCCCUUUAAGGCGGCCCCCGUGCGAGACUUUCACUCCUGCAAUGUAAAAUUAAUUUUAAAAAAUAAAGUCAUCAGAGAGGCCAACGUGAGAAGCCAAGGAAUGAAUGUCACCUACACGGCGCACAUCAAAAUGGGGGAGGAUGACUGGAAGCACUUUGGCAUUUUUUUAACUCCCCUCGACAGGAGGAAAAAACUGCUUGGUCAGGCAGCGGCGACUGUUUUGUGUUUUAGGUAUGCCUGA